AAUUGUCAUGACUUAGAAGGUUUAAUUUCCCCAUUGUUUUUUCCCACAUGGUGGUAUUUUGGCUAUUUGCCACCUUCCACACUUUCCUUUCUUUUUCCUCCCCUCACUAUACUUGAGCCAUAUAAAUACCUCAUGUGUACUCUUUAUCCCAACUCCCAAACUCUUGUUCCUUUUCUUCUUUAUCUUGUUUAAAAUUUGAUCACACAAUGAUGUUAGAGUCUUGGAAUCCUCCUCUCCUACAUGACUUGUCAAAGCUUUUGAGUGGCGGAGAUGAUGAUAGGAGCGCUGAAAAAGCACUAAUGGAAGCGUUGGAACUUCCUCUGAUAGACUUAAAUGGUCUGAAAAGUGAAGAUGAGAGAGAAAAGACCAGAUGCGAAGACGCGAUAGCCAAGGCUUCUUCAGAGUGGGGGUUUUUCCAAGUUGUGAAUCAUGGUGUGAGCCUUGAAUUACUUGGAAAAAUGAGGAGAGAACAAAUGAAAUUGUUUAAAGCACCAUUUGAGAUAAAAGCUACUUGUGGAUUAUUAAAUAAUUCAUAUAGAUGGGGAAAUUCAACAGCUACUUGUCCUAAACAAUUUUCUUGGUCAGAAGCUUUUCAUAUACCGUUGACAAAAAUUUCAGAAGCUACUUGUUAUGGAGAGUUCACAACUUUAAGGGAAGUGAUGAUGGAAUAUGCAACUUCAAUGCAAGACCUAGCCAAAUCACUUGCUGGAGUUCUUGUGAGAAAAUUAGGUCACAAAGAUAGUGAAAUAAGAGAAAACUGCAAUGAGAGUACAUGUUUUCUUAGACUAAAUCACUAUCCAGCAUGUGAAAUAUCACAAGAAAUAUUUGGAUUAGUGCCACAUACAGAUAGUGAUUUCUUAACAAUACUUGAUCAAGAUGAAGUUGGUGGACUUCAAUUAAUGAAAGACUUCAAAUGGGUUGCUGUUAAGCCUAAUCAUAAUGCACUUAUUGUCAACAUUGGAGAUCUUUUUCAGGCUUGGAGUAAUGAUGUUUAUAAAAGUGUGGAACACAAAGUGAUGGCUAAUGGAAAGAAAGAAAGGUUCUCAAUAGCUUAUUUUCUUUGUCCUUCUUAUGAUUCUUUAAUUGGAAGCUGCAAAGAACCCUCUGUCUAUAAGAAAUUCACUUUUGGAGAAUAUAGAUAUCAGAUUCAACAAGAUGUCAAAUUGAUUGGCCACAAAGUAGGUCUUUCAAGAUUUCUUCUAUAGUAUUUGCCACAUAUAACAAUCAAAAGAAAUCACUAUCAGAAAAUCGCUAAUUUUCAACAGAAUCUGGCAAAAUUUGAUUCAUUGAUAAAGGAUGGUGAUGAGCCAAAUCUCAAUGGAUUCCAUCGAAAAUUAGUGGUUUUCUGAUGAUGAGUUCUCUCGUGAAAUAUGAAUUUCAAGGUACUCACUAGGCCUUAUCUCGGAAGAAACCUCAGACAUUGAGGGAGUUGAUACAAGAAAAGACGUUCUAUUUUAUGAGUAUAUAUAUAUAUAUAUAUAU